AUAAGUAUCAUACCACAGUCCACCACGCCCGGUCACAAUUCACAACACAAGCGUCGCCGCCGGUCGAGUCGAGGAGGCAGGAGAGAGGCGGAGAGAAGAGAAAGAUGGGCUUCGAGAAGCAGAUCUUGAGAGCCGGCACCGGUCCCAAGCCUGUCAAGGGACAGAAGGUCACCGUCCACUGCACCGGCUACGGGAAGGAUCGUGAUCUAUCCAAGAAAUUUUGGAGCACCAAGGACCCUGGGCAGCAGCCAUUCAGUUUCAACAUUGGUCUGGGUUCAGUGAUCAAAGGAUGGGAUGAGGGAGUUAUGACUAUGCAAGUGGGUGAAGUUGCUCGUAUCCAGUGCACCCCGGAUUAUGCUUAUGGAGCCGGUGGGUUUCCAGCCUGGGGAAUUCAACCAAACUCAGUGCUGGUAUUCGAGAUUGAAGUCCUCAGUGCCCAGUAAUUUGCAGUGUAAUUCUGGAUGGAGCUAUGGAAUGCUGCGGUAUUGCCAUGCCUCUUAAGUACUGAAAUAAUCACAUUGUCACUCCUUGCUACAUACCAGGACUAAGUGGAUUCUGUGAAACUUUGAUAUUCUGUGAUCGUGAUAUCUAUGUUUAUGGCCCAA